CCGAUAAGAGCGGAACGAGGUCUGCCGCAUGUAUCGCGGUGUCGUCGGCUCUGUUGCUUUUGUUCGGAGAACGGCCAGGGGAGCAACAAGGUUACUCAGGAACGCGAACGACGUGGAUUGGCGGCGACGCGGGGGGAUACCGGACGGCGGCGGUUCGUCAGUAUUCGAAGAUUCUCAAUUUCAAAAGCGCGUGUGUCCCCGGUGUCCGUUUCCAUCCGCGUGAACGAUCGUCUCGAUCCUCGUCCACGAGUCUCCGCCAAUCUGGUUUAGCCGUGCUGCGAACCGAACCGUAGAGGGUCUUGGUCGCCGACGAGUACGAUUCCACGGGCAACUCGUAAAUCACGCGGCAGUCGGCGUUGAAAUCACCUGAACAGGAACGGUGUUGGGGGCUAUAACGGAAUCCGUUGAAUAUUUCUUCACCGAGUCGGAAAAAGAGGAAGUGGAAACUCCGGGGGCUGGGCCCGCCUGGAGAACGAACAUUUCGGUCGGCGAUUGGACCCGCUCGGAAGGGAAUUAAGGUCGUGCACCUUGCCUUCCCCAGGGGACAGACUAGCGGACGGACGGGCAGCGGCAGUACGAAAGAUCCAGCGAGUGACGUAACUACGCGGCAUGAUAAUAGAUACGGACGUUAGCCGGCUGCGUUCACGAUCAGAUAAGAGGAUCGAAAUUGUGCCCGGCAUUCGGGGAUCCGUGUCAGCAGCGGAACACGAUAACACGUUCAGUCGGCGACCGGUUCUGUGCGCGAAUUCUCGGUGGCAACGAUGAAAAUGGAGGCGGAUCACAGGUUGGAGCAGCUGAAGAAGGCGACGGACAGAAUACAGAAGGAGAUCGAAGAGGUCACGGAGAGGGAGCACGAGCUACGGAACGUGGGCAGCAUUAAGACCACGUCCCACGAGACGGUGGAUUCCAAGGUGCGUCGAAUGCCUCAAGCAUUGGCUUCCGGUAAAUUGAAGAGAACAACGUCCACCCCGCAGAUCCUGGAAGCGGUCAGUCUGACGCAGACGACGCCAUCCUUCACGCCAAAGAUGACCAACGGAGUGAUAUCGAGUCGCACCACCCCCACGCCUCUGCGGUUUGCCACUGCGCCCAGCCAGAAAGGGUUGAUGCACAGGUUUCUCGCCACCCGGGGGAAAAUUUACAAGCCGAAAUCUGCGGUGAACGACACGCUGACACCACCCACAACGCCAACAAUCGCCCUGAACCCGUUGAGCAUCACAGCGUUCAACAGAAGCUUGACCAUUCAACUGGAACCGGACGACGAGCCCAAGAAACCACCGGUCAGGAAGGGUUACGUCCCGGUGGAAGAGAAAAUACAGAAAGAACUGCAUGAAAUGAAGGAACGGGAAAACGAACUCAGAUUAAUGCGGUCGCAGAUGCUAGCGAAGUCUCAGCCAAAUCUGUUGGACAUUGGAAACGACAAUGAUUCUGAUAUAUACGAUGGCUCGAGUUCAUUAAGAAGUGGCACUUCGUCGAACACUUUAAACGAGGACGAAGUAGAAAAGGAAAGCAAAGGGAAACACAAGCCGAAUCCACGACGUCGCAGCACCCUUAUAGCACAAUGGGAGAACCUGAUAGCUGCAAAACGGCAAACCAACGAUAAUGGCAAUGAAAAUGAUUUAAACUUCUGAAUGAUUUCUACGUUCCGUGGAAAAACGAGAAACCGACUCUACCCUCGCUUUUGUAUUAUUUCGUGUUUCGAAUCAUUUAUAAAAUAAUUAAAACGGAUGGCAAAAAUAUCGAAAAAUGUGCUACGACAAACCUUUCAUUCUUGAAACACGCAUUUUCUUUGCGAUGAUACACAUCAUUGAUCCUAUUCACGUUUUCAAUAUAUAAAAUAAUUUAUUUAAGACUAUAACGUAUAUUUAUUCAAGAAUGGAAGCAUUACCUGAUUCAUCGUGUGUUAUAUUUAAUUUUUUUUUCUUUUUUAAAGCUUUCAGUAUUAAAAAAUUAAUUACAAACAAGCACUAAUACAUAUCCAUGUAUGGGUAAAAAUGUUAUUCUUAAGUGUUACAAGCAUAUAUUUGAUAUAUCCGCUUGUUAAUUGUAAUAUAUCUCAUUAUAUAUUAUAUACAUGCACAUGGAAGUGACUGACAAUUUUCAGGGGUCCCAAUUUACAUGUGGAUGUGUAUGUUUGAUUUACUUGUAUAUGUGAUAGUAUAGUUCCAGUAAUAAUAAUAAACAACAAAUUUGUGCAAUUUUUGUGGAAUUAAUAGAAUUAUGUCAUAAAAUUUGUCUUUUUCUUUUUUCCUCAUAAAGCGCAUUAAAACGAAGUGUUAUGUAUAUAAUUAUAAAUUCAAUAAAUCUAACG